AUGCCCAAGGAGAGCAUAGCAGACGCCUCCGCGAGAACAUUUGCGGAGUUACUGUCCGGACCGGUGUUGGAUAUCUUCGUAGGGCCCGAGGGCCGGCGGUGGUCGCUACACCAAAACUUGCUGAUCCAUCAUGCGCGCUUCUUCGAUGAGACCUUCGCCAUCAAUGGCGAGAACAAGAAGAUAAAGGACGGGAAACUGGAGCUUCGCGACGAGGAUCCAGGAGCUUUCGAGUUGCUGGUCAAGUGGCUCUAUCAGGGCAAGAUAGACGACGUGUCCUGGAUGCCCAAGGACGUCAAGUGGGACUAUGCAUUUACAUGUCAAAAGCUAUAUCUUCUGUGCGAAAGUAUUGGGCUGCAAGAGCUGAAAAACCUGGCUAUUGAUCAGUUCCGCCGAGGCUGCCAUGAGGCUGGAUUGGUUCCUGGACCAGAAGAGAUGAGACCCAUUUACGAAAAGACCCGACCUUCCUCACCGUUUCGGAGGCUGGUGAGUAAGAUUGCCGCCCGACAAAUAAUGGACCCGGGUUCCGAGAGGGAUGCGUCGUCGUAUAGGGACUGCUUCGCUGCAUCGCCAGACUUCGCCAUUGACGUGAUCAAUGCUAUCAAAGCAGGCACUGGUGGAUCACUAUUCGAUGACCCUACCGAAGGAAAUUCCUGCAGAUUUCAUGAGCAUGAAGAUGGGGAGACUUGCCACAAAACCGUCAAAUUCAAGGACAUAUCCUGA